AUGGUUAGGGUAAUAAAGUCCCCUUUCACGGGGAACAAAAGGUCGAGUAUAUUGUUGAAUGCAGUCCUGCUGAUAUGUGCGAGUAGUUUUAACUUAUUAUGGCCUCUGGAUAUUGUAUAUUCCAUAAGGUUUUGUGGCUUAUUGUCUUCUAGUAAGGGAAGAAGUAUACCAAAGAAUUAUAAUCUAGGUACAUAUUUCUUUGUAAACAAUUCUAUUGGAUCAUUUACUUGUUAUUCCAGGGUAGAUUAUCCCUUGACAAAUCGCAGAAUCUUACAACUAAGAUCGAAUGUGUCUAAUUCUUCAGAGACAAGUCCUACACCUACUAUAGAAAGCAGCAGUGGAGUAUACAGUUCUGAUGAUAUAGUCAUACUGGAAGGUUUAAAUGCUGUUAGGAAACGUCCAGGAAUGUAUAUAGGUAACACUGGAGAAGGAGGUAUUCACCAGCUACUAUAUGAAGUUUUAGAUAACUCUGUUGAUGAGUAUCUUGCUGGAGUUUGUAACAGAAUAAAUGUAACCUUAAAGUCAAAUGGCUUCGUGGAAAUUAGUGAUAACGGUAGGGGAAUACCUUGUGAUAUAUCAGAAAAAACAAAAAAGUCAGGACUUGAAACUGUACUUACUGUGUUACACUCUGGAGGCAAAUUCACGGAUAUAUCAUUCAAAGAUGAUGAAACUCGAAGUGCGAGAUCUUUAGAAAAACACAACGCUAAAAUAGAAAGUGAGAAUAGUAAGGGAAAAAUGCCUACAACUCCCUAUGAGUACUCUUCUGGGCUUCAUGGUGUUGGUCUUUCUGUAGUUAAUGCAUUGAGUGAAAUUUUAUCUGUUGAAGUAUACAAAGGUGAUAAGAAAUAUCAUAUGGAGUUAUCCAAAGGUAAAAUAACGUCCCCAUUAACAUCGACCGACUCUAUAAGAAGAUUUGGUACAGUAGUAAAAUUUAUUCCGGAUUAUGCUGAUGUCUUCAAGACGCAUCACCAACACGUAAAAGAUUCUGAAUGUAUAGGAUGUAACAACGCAUUUAACCUAGAUUCUAUUAAAGAAAGAGUCAGGGAGUUAUCGUAUUUGAAUCCUGGGUUAUUUAUCAAAAUUAGGGAUGAAAGGAUACUAAAGGAAAAUAACGAAGUAUUUGACGAGGUAUAUCACAACGCUGGCGGAAUAAGAUCCUUCUUACAGGAAGCUACAAAGGAUAAUACACCACUAUACAAACCCAUUAACAUUAUAACAAUAAAAGGAAAAAGUCAUGGUUUGGAACUGGAAGUAUCAUUCAGUUGGUCAAUGGAAUCUUUUCCGGCUAGAAUAAAAGGUUACGCAAACAAUGUUAGCACAACAGGUGGUACACAUAUAGAUGGGUUUAAGACUGCAAUCACUAGAUCUGUAAAUUUAUGUCUUAAGAAUAAUGGACAUUUUAAGGGAAAUGUGAUUCCAUUGAGCGGUGAAUUCAUACGUGAGGGAUUAACUGCUAUAAUAUCUGUGAAACUAUCUGGCGCAGAAUUUGAUGGACAGACAAAAACAAAGCUUGGAAAUUCUCUUGCAAAAACCGUAGUUGAGAGAAUUGUCACAUCACAGCUAACAGAAAUAUUGGAUCGCCAUCCACAAUUUCUUCUUCUCAUCCACAAUAAAUCACAGACUGCCAAGAAGGCGUUUGAUGCGGCAAAAAUGGCAAAGGAGAUGGUACGUCAAAAGACAGCAAAUGUUAUAACAAGUGGGUCAUUAGCAAAACUCUAUGACUGUACGUCAAAUGAUAUAGAAUGCAAUGAAAUUUUCAUAGUAGAAGGUGAAAGCGCUGCUGGAAAUGCUAAACAAGCAAGAAAACGCCAGUUUCAAGCUGUAUUACCCCUAAAAGGAAAAAUUCUAAACAUUGAAAGAAUAUCUGAUAACCUCAAAGUUCUGGAAAAUGAUGAAAUUAAACUUUUAAUGACAUCGUUGGGACUAUCAAUAGAUCCAACUACAUGGAGGCAUGAUUCAGAAAGUCCAGACAGUGAAAUUCCCGAAGCUAUUUUACCAGAUAAAACACUUGGUUUACGCUACGGGAAAAUUAUACUUUUAACAGAUGCUGAUGUUGACGGUGCGCAUCUUAGAGCCUUACUUUUGGGUCUUCUAUUUAGACUAUGUCCAAAAUUAUAUGAAGAUGGAAGAAUUUAUAUAGCAUGCCCGCCACUAUACAGAAUAACUGAUGUGAGAAAGAACUCCUUAGAAUCUAAGUUUACCUAUGUAUGGAGUGAAAAAAAAAUGCAGAAAUUCGUUAAAAAGGCUAACAUUUCAGCCGAAACAUCUAAACGAUACACAAUACAACGCUUCAAGGGAUUAGGUGAAAUGAUGCCUCAGCAAUUAUGGGAAACUACCAUGGAUCCGGAGAGGAGGUUACUAAGCAAUAUUUCAGUAAGUGAUGCUAAGCAGGCAUCUGAUCUCUUGGGUUUACUUUUCGGGCGUGAUAUACAAUCCAGACGUGAAUAUAUAUUCAAAAAUACAGAUUCUUUCCAAAUAGGUGAUUUGGAUAUUUAA